UGCAAAGUGCAAAGAACACAAGAUGGCGUGGUGGUCGGGCCUGGUUCCGCUGUUGAUAUUUCUGGCGGGUUCACAGCUGUUGGUAUCCUGUGACGACACCGACCUGUCACCCGACAAUGUCAGAUGGGUCAGGUUCAUUGUCACCGUGAAUGACACGUGGGACCCCGAUGGGUGUAUUGCUACCAUAGCAACAGGAAAGUUGGUCCCUAACAAGAAGUCCAACGAAACGAAGCCGAUCACGGUCGGGUCCUGUGACCACGGGCCGCUGGUUUACACCGUCACACCUGGCCAGGCGCCGGAUAAGAUGUCCGUGGACCUGACGUUCCAUUCCUCCUCCAUCGAGGACGCCGCCCCGCCGACCUGUCAGAUCCCGUGGAACGGGACGUACGUGUCCCCCCGGGCCCGCCCCGACACCGACCCCCGGGACGACUCCCCGCUCCCGGGCUGCUUCACCAUAGACUCACGGGAAGGUCAUAGCACGACUUUUUACUGGUUCUACCUCCUGGACUGGGCCGGGGCCGGGCAUUAGGACAGGGUGACAGGGUAAUUAGGGUUACGGGGAGGCACAUGUUGUGUAAGUAAUAACUAUCAAAUAUUGUCCCCGAUGAGCUGAAUAAUAAACUGCAUGCUUCUUCUAUGUCGGCAACUGUAAGCAGCCAAGCAGAUUGUAAAUUCAGAUUAAAAUUCUUCUUCCGGUCCCAUAUUUCAUAUGUGAUUAUGUUACGAGGAUGCUAGCGAGUUAUGACGCUUCAAUACUUUGUAUAGCAUCGGAAGAAAGGAAGGAGAGAAUUAUAACGUCAUGAUAAAGUAAUGAAGUCAAUACAAUAAGA